UAUGCCAGUUUGAAAUAUGUUGAAUGUUGCGAAACAAAAUCAAAGGCAGAGUUGGUGACAGUUCAGCGACACGUCAACCACACGGAAGUCUUUCCAACCUGCUGCUGUUGCUGAACGAAGGACCGUAGUCUUAUCGAAAUGGGUGGCUUCUUCUCCAGUCUCUUCUUCGGCCUGUUUGGCACCAGGGAGAUGAGGAUUCUGAUCCUGGGUUUGGACGGUGCUGGAAAAACGACCAUAUUGUACCGGCUUCAGGUUGGAGAGGUGGUCACCACAAUCCCCACAAUCGGCUUCAACGUCGAGACAGUCACGUACAGAAAUCUGAAGUUCCAGGUGUGGGAUCUGGGAGGACAGACGAGUAUCAGGCCCUACUGGCGGUGUUACUACUCAAACACAGAUGCCGUCAUCUAUGUUGUUGACAGCAGCGACCGCGACAGGAUGGGCAUCUCAAAGUCUGAGCUGGUGGCCAUGUUGGAGGAGGAAGAGCUGAAGAAAGCGAUCCUGGUGGUAUUUGCAAACAAGCAGGACAUGGACCAGGCAAUGACGCCCACUGAGGUGGCCAACUCUCUGGGCCUCCCCGCCCUCAAAGACAGAAAAUGGCAGAUCUUCAAAACCUCGGCCACCAAGGGCACCGGCCUGGAUGAGGCAAUGGAAUGGCUGGUGGAUUCCCUGAAGAGUCGGCAGUAAAGGCUUCCACACAUAUUGUAUAUACUCUCCUGACCUUUGAACCCUCUGUAUGAAGCCUUUGUGACUGACCCCUCCCCCCUGGACCCGUGAUUGCACUCCUCCCAAUGCCUAACGCCUUCAAGCCUGGGACUUUCAAGUGAAGGCUGCAGUAACGUCUGGACUGGGCAGACACACACUCACACACACACACACUCACACACACACACACUAAGCCCCAUCUCCUCCAAUGCUGGUGUCACGGAUGAAGGUUUUUAGAAAGCAGACUUCAGUGAUGUAUCUUCAUUCAUGUGUUUUGGAAAUGCAAAAAAAACUAAUCAGGAAAAGACUUUAAUGUUGCUCAUUUUACGAUUCCACUUAUAAGUGUCGACAUUGAAAUAAAUUAUCAUGAUUAAGGACCCCAUAAAGCCGGUCCACUCUAACCCUCUAGUGAAGCCAGAAGACAUCAGUAGUUGACACUAAUGCGACGAAGGUCCACGGGGAGGCAGUGUUUCCAUAAAGGCACAAACACCAUCAGACUCUGUGCAGAUUUCAGUCCUGAACUGAAAUUCUUUUUGAUUUGCUGCACUGAAUGUCCAUGUUUAGUGCAGCAAAUCUCACCUAUCUGUAAACAAUCUGCCAACUUGUAGGAAAUGUUUGAGAUAUUGUUUUUGCUAAUUUGGCCUCAAUGCUGAAGAAAAGCCUCCACUAUACCUCUGGUCAAGCUUACUGCAGCCGGGGCUGCUUUUGUACAAUACAGUCAGGCAGACACUAUUUCUAUUUUUUCCCCUCCUGGUUAUUUGUGUUCCUACUUUUCUUUUUUUAAAUAAUUUAGUAGUUAAAGCCUUUUUCCAUUGAAAUCAUUGAGUGCAGCUUUAGCAUAUUAGUCAUUUAGUUACUGAACUCUAAUUGUAUGCUCAAAGUUUUAUGGUUGCAUAUUUAUAUCUGCUUGUACAGUGAAAAUGAUUCUCAGUAAAGAUUGCUAUCAGUGA